CGAGGCCUUUGCUCCGCCCCCUUCUCAUAUAACCCCUGCCCUCCAGCCCCCUGCUCACAGUGAAUGUGUCUGUGUGCAUUCGCAGUGGACUGCGGGAGCCGUGUGAAUCGUGCCCCCGCAGGAUUCUUUAUUAUAUCACUGAAAAAUGGAUGAAGGUGACGGAAGAAAACGGAUGCGAUAUAGAGAUCUGUCUGAAGAUCAGAAAAAGAAUCACAUCAAUACUGUCCUCAGAGGACUACAUGGUUUUUUGUACAGACGGGACAGUCCUGUGGAGGAAAACAAAGAAAAAUCACAAGAGACACUGAAUUGGAUUCCAUCAUUUCGAAGCUAUGAAGAUUUUAUCCAGAAGACACUACAAUCAUUGGAUGGAUUUAUGAUAAUAGUGAGCACAGAUGGAAUUAUAAUUUCUGUGACCCAUAACAUCACUUCACUUCUUGGCCAUUUACCUAAUGUCAUCAUGGGUAAAACCUUCUUAAGCCUUCUGCCUGAUGAUGAGAAAAGUGGAGUAUUUUCAAAGAUGGCUUUCAAAAUUCCUGUAUCAAGUUCAGUUGGCAAGCAUAUUGACUUUUGCUGUCAUUUCAAAAGAGGAGAUGCUGAAUCCAGUAACACCUCUGCUUAUGAAUAUGUUAAAGUCAUCCUGACUCUAAAAGAUGUUUCUAGUGAGCCUCCUGUGCUAUUCCACAGUUUCUUUUCCAAACAUGUCUUUGGGUCAUCUGUCGUAAAUCUUCCUUUGGAGGAUCGCUUUUACCUGGUGGGGACCAUUUGUGUUCUUAGGGCUCAGAUUCUACGGGACUCUUUCAACUUAAAUGAGUCUCGUGAAGUUGGUCCAUUGGUCUCAGAUUCGGAUGAGGAUAGGCCAUCUGAGGACUACAGGUGCGUUCAAGAGGAAAGAAGAUGUUCUGGAAUGGAAUCCUCAGAAUAUGAAAUUGCUGAUGCAGAACUGUCAUCGCACAUCACAUCAUACAUCAAGAGACAAGAGGAGGAAAUGAUGAAGAAAUUCCAGAAGCAGCUGGACAAGAAGACACAGAUACUGCAAGCUGAAAUAAAAAACCAGAGGAGCUCCCUGGAAACUUUGAAGGAGCAGCUCCACAUGAUGCACGAUUCCAAGUUACAGGAGCUGCCAUCCAUCACAGGCCAUGUUCACAGUCCUGAUUUACUGGAGCCAGCGCCCAAGAAACCACGCUCUGAGGCAAUGAAGAGUCCCUUCUCUGAUAUUUCAGAGGCCACAUCUGUCAGUGGUUCAAGUGUGUCAUAUUCUUCACAGUUCCCCAGGGAGCUUCAGCAGACUUUUGACACCUCUGUCCAGGUGCCAGUUCAGGAGGAGGUGAAGCACCAGCAGCAGGAGGAGCAGGAGCAGCAGAAGCAAGAAGAGCAGCAGGAGCAGCAGCAGCAGCAGGAGCAGCAGCAGCAGCAGGAGCAGCAGCUGCUGCAGAUGCAGCAGCUGCAGCUGCUGCAGCAACAGCAACAGCAGCAGCAGCUGCAGCUGCUGCUGCCCGAGCAGCCACAACAAUAUAAUACCACCGGGGAGAAUCAAGUGCUGCAAGUAUACCAGCCAAACCAACCUAGCUUCACUAUGUUGCACUACAAUGAUGGCUUCGUGCCCCUGACCCUAUCCCUACCACCACCACAACCCAUCUUUUUUCCUAUCAAAAUGUUAGCUGAACAGCAGUCCUCUGGCUACUAUCGUGCUGAAAACAUCAAUGCUUCUGGAUACUAUCGUGCUGAAACCUUCCAUGGCCUGGAACCUGGUAGAUUCAGAUUUUUUCCUGAAAACCAGUAUCAGCCCCACAUGAAUCUAUUCCCUAUGACCCAUGGCUCAGGGUCCCAAAGCAUUUAUUCUACCAACCUUCCUCAGACUACUACCAUCACCCACAACCCACAGCUUGUUAACCUGGAGACUCCACAAGACUACGUCUGCCUCUGGCAACAGUCGCAAGACCCACAGAAUCAUCUUUACCAAGUAGUCCAACUGAGUAAUUGGGCUCCCAAUGAGCAGGCCACCAUGGGCCAAGCCACCUUUGCUCAGCAGGUGGCAUCCAUUGAACAAGGCCAGCAUUCUUCAGGACUGGAGACUGUCCAAGCCUCUGGGAAUAAUGGGCCAAACCAACUAAAUCCCUGUAUGUCAUCACAGCAGUCCUACUUGAAUCAGUAGAGCCACAUUAGCUCUACUUUUCUCUCAGGCCUUGAGAGAAGGGGGGAAAGACAGGCCAAUGAAGCCUGCAUAGCCAGGGGACCUCCAGGUCCCCUGGACUGGGGGGUGGGGGGUGGGGGGUGAAAACUCGUUUUUUUUUCCUAAUAUGUCUGUUCUCAUUGUUAGUUCUUCACAACCUGUGUCUUGGAAAUUUUGCUGCCCAGUGUUGCACUUACCUAUUCUACCAUGGGCAGGCAGGCUGAAGUUUAGAAUGCAUGGCUUAGAAUACCCUUUUUCUGCCAAGAAAUAUUUUCCAGCAUGGUUUUCAAUCUAGUAAGCAGCUGUUCCAUCUCAAGCUGUGAGAAUUUCGAGGCCUUGGCUUCAACCAUCAAGGCCUGCACCUCCUCCACAGUUGUGCUGGGGAAACCCACGGGAAAUAGCAAUCCAACUGUGGGAAGCUGAAAUAGGUCAACAAAUUGUGCUAAAAUCAUCACAGUUUGCUGCUUAAUAAAAACUAUCUUUGA